CCAUUCCGGCCGUUCUCUAGACCGGCCACACUGCUGACCUGACAUAACAUUCGAUACAUCUAAAUAAAAUGUUUAUUUAACAAAUCGAAAUGAACAAAUGCUUUAAAUACCAGCCCCGGAUACUCUUUUCCCAACUCUCCCUACCAAGAUGCUAUGCCGCUGCUACAACGGAGCCACCAGCUCCGCCACAAAAAAAGGCCGUUGUUGGGUUGACCCACAAACCGGAUCCCAAGACGGUCAAGAGUGACUUUAUUGGGCCGCCGGAUGCAGAAUCCAAUCUCCGGCCGUAUGUGCGGCACUUCGACGAUAACGAGACGCGGCUGGCGCGGGAUCUCCGUCUUAAACGGAUCGAUGUGGAGGCCUGGAAUACGGAUUUCUGGACGCGACAUAAUAAGCGCUUCUACGAGGAGAAGGAAGACUUCAUCCGCCUGCACAAGGAGAAAGGCAAUACGGAGGUGUCCCCGGACCAGAUGAGCCACUUCUACAAGACGUUCCUCGACAAGAACUGGCGCAUUCACAUGAUGUACAACCUGUCCUGGUACCUGAAGAACUUCGAUAUCCUCACUCUGGCCGCCGCCGUCCAGCUCCAGAAGCUUCUUGCGCUGACCAGGCGGAGAAAUUAGGUUCAAAAUUAGUAGAGUCCUUAUUAUAUAUUCUUACUUUUUGUGUUCGCCAUAAGUUGAAAUAAAACAUUGUGUGUGUAAAAUGA